AUGAAGAGUGGAGGGAAGAUCGACGUGUUGCUGGGCCUUGAUCAUUCUCAUUUGAUUGCAGUGUUAGAAUCGAGAGUAGGUGGAGAUGAUGAACCAUUUGCCUCUCGAACCCGAUUGGGAUGGAUUGUUCGUGGCUUGCUUGGAGGAGACAUUGGUCCGAUGACUGCACGCUCUUAUCAUCUCACUGCAACGUCAAGAGAAGAAGGUCCGGUUGUUCAAGACUCCUUAGAUGCCGAAUUUAGAGCCUUUUGCGAAACAGAAAACUUUGGAACGGAGUUUCGAGGCGAAGGUUUGUCGAAGUCAGAGCAGAAGGCCGAGAAAAUCGUCAAUGAAGGUUUGUGGAAAUUGGAAGACCCUAAGCUUAAAGAAGAUUACCGAAAAGCCAUCAAGAAAUAUAUCGAUGAAGGAUAUGCGUCGCUAGUUGAAGAUGAAAAUCUCUACUCCAACGACCAGUUUUAUCUUCUCCAUCACGGAGUCUACAAAAAGGUCUACGGGAAGAAAGAGCGAAAAUUGCGAGUCGUGUUUGAUGGAGCUUCUCGCUGGAAACGGAAGAGUUUGAACGAUGGAAUGCAGCCUGGUCCGAAACUUCAAAAUGAUUUAGCUAAAGUUCUUAUUCGAUUUCAACAGGGAGAAAUCGCCUUUUCAGCAGAUAUCACAGCCAUGUACAGCCGAAUUCGACUGAAGCCAAGUGAUGCCCGAUUUCACCGGUUUCUAUGGCAGGAACCUGGAUCAGAAAAGAUUUUAACGUAUCAGAUGGACCGUCUGCCCUUCGGACUAAAUUGUUCUCCGUUUAUUGCUCUCAAGACAGUGCAGCGAGCUGCUGCCGAUGCAAAGACGGGGAAGAAGGAUUGCAUUGAAGCGGUCGAGAAUAACAUUUUAGCUUCUGAUGAAGCCGAAAAGUUGCUGGGAAUAUUUUACGAGCCUAGUACCGACGAUCUAACCUUCCGAGUAACCGGUGCGGAUGAGGUGGAGUGGACACGGGCUGGAUUACUCAGCAAAGUGGCCGCCGUUUAUGAUCCAUUAGCUCCUCUGAUUGUCAAAGCGAAGAUUAAACUACGUGAAUUAGGCAUCAAGGGCCUGAAUUGGAAGGACGUCGUGACCGGAGAAGAUAAGACAUGGUGGCAACGUUGGUUCAGCACGCUGAAACAAUUAAACAGCAUCCGGAUGCCAAGGAAUCUUCAGCCGAACAAAAGAAAUAUCAAGAGCAGUCAACUUUUAACGUUUUGUGAUGCAUCCGAAGAGGCCGUUGCAGCUGCAGUGUAUUUGAAUACCUCCUACGAAGACGGUUCCUCUAGUUGCCGAUUGGUGAUGGCGAAAACAAAAUUGGCUCCUCGUAAAACUAUUUCAAUUCCUAAAUUGGAACUUAAUGCCGCUCUGCUUGGCGCAAGACUUUCCAGGUACGUGGAAGAGGCGCUAAACCUUCCUGGUCUCACCCGACUGUUCUGGACGGAUUCAAGUACCACACGGAAUUGGCUACGAGCUGUUGCCGCUCACUAUACUCCAUUUGUCAGCCAUAGAAUUGGAGAAAUUCAAUCUGUCACCAAUCCGAGCGAAUGGAGAUUUGUGUCUGGAAAACAAAAUAUCGCAGAUGUCGCUACGCGGUCGCUUCUCGUCGAUGAAGAACCAAUUCCACCUGGCUGGCUAGAAGGUCCUGAUUUCCUGAAACAACCGGUUGACCUGUGGCCAAAAGAUUUACCCUGGAUGGCUGUUUCCGCCGAGCGACGUGCUACCCAUUCUCAACAUUUGACGAAAACACGGUUCGAGCAUGAUUGGUCAAAAUUGAAAAUUGAUUCAUCUAAUCUUUCCAGCUGUCUCAAGAUGGAAGGCCCCUACCAAGAGUUGGUGCGUCGGUGUCAAGAAGAGGAAUUUAAUGAAGAUAUCCAGCAGCUCCGCCGAAAUAGACCGCUCAGCCGAACAUCGAGACUUCAACAAUUAAGCCGGUUUUUAGAUAGCGACGGAAUUCUACGACUUGGAGGCCGCAUCCGUCGAGCCCGUUUACCCUAUGACAUCCUGCAUCCUCCAAUCCUGCCAGGAAAGCAUGUUCUUGCAGAGGCGAUCAUCAUAGCGAUCCAUAACGAGGAGCAUCACGUAGGCACGGAUUUUCUACAUUCAAAGGCUCGGCAACACUUCUGA